UAUCCCUGUUACAGCCAUUUGUCGGUAUAAAGCCGCUCAUUUAUAAUUUGUUUGGUCCCAUCUGCUUUAUACGGGUGUCGAAGACGAAAUUUUUACGGUUAAACACGUUUGUGAAGUGUUUAAUGAACUGCUUUUCUCAACGGAUAUCUAUUUUGCGUUAAGACAAGCAGUAGUUGACAAUGUACUUCUCUUAUGCAUUCAUCGCCCUUUUGAUGCUGCAGUGUAAAACGGAUAUUAACGCAGCUGUUAUCCCCCGACGUUCCCACUACGGACACAACAAUGCUGUCCAACAGUCCUCACAACAAGGAAGUAGUAGGAUACGAGAAGGCAUACGCACUACGUUCGAUGAUGAAACGACUGCUGCAUCCGCAACCGAAGCGACUGUGCCACCGCCAACGCAACCUACUGAUCCACCGGCUACGCAACCGACCGAAGCGCCAGUGACACAACCAACUGAUACACCGGCUACGCAACCGACCGAAGCACCAGUAACGCAGCCAACUGCUGCACCGGUUACACAGCCAACUGAUGCACCGGUCACACAACCCACCGAAGCACCGGUAACACAGCCAACUGAUGCACCGGCUACGCAACCAACCGAAGCACCGGUAACACAGCCAACUGAUGCACCAGGUACAGAGCCAACUGAUGCACCGGCUACGCAACUAACCGAAGCACCGGUAACACAGCCAACUGAUGCACCAGGUACAGAGCCAACUGAUGCACCGGCUACGCAACUAACCGAAGUACCGGUAACACAGCCAACUGAUGCACCGGCUACACAACCAACUGAUCCACCGGCUACGCAACCGACCGAAGCACCAGUAACACAGCCAACUGAUGCACCGGCUACGCAACCAACCGAAGCACCGGUAACUCAGCCGACUGAUGGACCGGUAACACAUCCAACCGAAGCACCGGUAACACAGCCAACUGAUGCACCAGUUACAGAGCCAACUGAUGCACCAGUUACAGAGCCAACUGAUGCACCAGUUACAGAGCCAACUGAUGCACCAGUUACAGAGCCAACUGAUGCACCAGUUACAGAGCCAACUGAUGCACCAGUUACAGAGCCAACUGAUGCACCAGUUACACAGCCGACUGAUGCACCGGGCACACAACCAACCGAAGCACCGGUAACACAGCCAACUGAUGCGCCGGCUACACAACCAACUGAUGCACCGGCUACGCAACCAACCGAAGCACCGGUAACACAGCCAACUGAUGCACCAGUUACACAGCCAACUGAUGCACCGGUUACACAGCCGACUGAUGCACCGGUCACACAACCAACCAAAGCACCGGUAACACAGCCAACUGAUGCGCCGGCUACACAACCAACUGAUGCACCGGCUACGCAACCAACCGAAGCACCGGUAACACAGCCAACUGAUGCACCAGUUACACAGCCAACUGAUGCACCGGUUACGCAGCCGACUGAUGCACCGGUCACACAACCAACCGAAGCACCGGUAACACAGCCAACUGAUGCACCAGUUACACAGCCAACUGCUGCACCGGCUACACAACCAACCGAAGCACCGGUAACUCAGCCAACUGAUGGACCGGUCACACAACCGACCGACGCACCGGUAACUCAGCCGACUGAUGGACCGGUAACACAACCAACUGAUGCACCGGCUACACAACCAACCGAAGCACCGGUAACUCAGCCAACUGAUGGACCGGUCACACAACCGACCGACGCACCGGUAACUCAGCCGACUGAUGGACCGGUAACACAACCAACUGAUGCACCGGCUACACAACCAACCGAAGCACCGGUAACUCAGCCAACUGAUGGACCGGUCACACAACCGACCGACGCACCGGUAACUCAGCCGACUGAUGGACCGGUAACACAACCAACUGAUGCACCGGCUACACAACCAACCGAAGCACCGGUAACUCAGCCAACUGAUGGACCGGUCACACAACCGACCGACGCACCGGUAACUCAGCCGACUGAUGGACCGGUAACACAACCAACUGAUGCACCGGCUACACAACCGACCGAAGCACCGGUAACUCCGCGUACUGAUGGACCGGUAACACAGCCAACUGAUGCACCAGUUACACAGCCAACUGCUACACCGGCUACACAACCGACCGAAGCACCCGUAACACAGCCAACUGAUAUACCAGUUACACAGCCAACUGAUGCACCGGUCACACAACCAACUGAUGCACCGGCUACACAACCGACCGAAGCACCGGUAACUCCGCCAACUGAUGGACCGGCUACACAACCGACCGAAGCACCGGUAACUCAGCCAACUGAUGGACCGGUCACACAACCAACUGAUGCACCGGCUACACAACCGACCGAAGCACCAGUAACUCAGCCAACUGAUGGACCGGUCACACAACCGACCGAAGCACCGGUAACUCCGCCAACUGAUGGACCGGUAACACAGCCAACUGAUGCACCGGUCACACAACCAACUGAUGCACCGGCUACGCAACCGACCGAAGCACCGGCCACACAAUCAACGGAGGCAUCCUUCACUUACCCAACUGCGGUAACACUACAAACUACUAACGGUACUACCUCAACUUCUGUCCAGACUACUGCUAUAACUAGAACUAGCUCAGUAACCUUUAAGCCGACAUCUGAGCGGCCUACCUCAAGGCAUACUUCGACAAUCCCCAGCAGUACCAGUAGUACAUCCGCUAGGACCACUACCAAGCUUACUACGACAUCUAAGGUCACGGCAAUGAUAACGGAAUCUGCAACCAGCACAUCGGAUGUUCCUUCUUGCGCUUCUGGAUUGUGGAUGGCAAAUAUGCGUUUCCAACCUAUGUUGUUCCUUUUCGGGUUUUUGAUUGCGCAUGCUAGAUUCCAUAUAUAACAAAAACUAGCACUACCAAAUAAUUUUGUUUUCUCAUUUCGUGGUUUACUUUUGGCGGCAACGCUGAAGUGACCGCACGCUGAUUGUUACGUAUUUAACUAAUAUAUUAGAACUGUUGCAAAUUAUCUCUAUUCUUGGUACUGUACGUACGUACUGUACAAUACAUAGUUCACGAUACAUGUAUAAAUAUUUGCUGUUUAA